AUGGCAGGACUACUCUCAGAGUGGGUUCGUGUGCGGCAUGCAGCUCUGAGUCACUCCACGGGGGGUCCAGCCUUGGUGGAAAGAGGCUGGGAUAGGCCAUGAAAGGCUUUGCUUUCGUUGUGAAUGGUCAAUCACAGGCCAUGAAUCAUAGGGACAGGCCAUGUUAGAUUGAUUGUGAUUGACAGAUUGCAAAACAUACAUCGAGAGACAGAAGAUUGCACGACCUCGUGGCAUUCAGCUUUCGGGCCACACGAAGACAGUGAACACCUCUAAUGCCUCUAAGGGGUCAUCUUGGGUGAUCAUGAUAUCAUUAUUCGUCUCAUCCAAGCAAACCGGAAAACAUCUCCCACAAAAAGUUGGAUCCGCCACUGAUCAGCAACUGGAUGUUCGUGAGAAUCUCAAUCGGUUCUAGAUUGAACUUUAUGUUUGUUUGCUCAUGGUGCACACGGGAAUCAUUUGAGAUGUAGAUACAGAUGCAUUGUCUCUGGUCCGGGGAGCAGAGCACCUUCAGCACCUCAAUUGUUCCGCCAGAUCUGCAACCUCGCAGCAUGCUGCCUUUUACUCCAGAUGGUCCUGUUCGCGGGGAGAACCGUGCCAAGAUGUUGCCAUUGGACCCUUUGAGCAAGUUGAGGGAGGUGUCCCAGAAGACUGGCCGAUUGUUGGUGACCUGGACCACAGGAGGGGACUUCGCCAAAAUGGCACUGAAUCUCGCCAUGUCCAUCCGGAGAAAUGUCCCAUGGCUCGAGCACUCCUUCGCAGUGAUUUGCCUAGACCGAGAUGCAGAUCAGCAGCUCAGAGCAGAGCAGUUCACAACUGUUCUGCUGCCGGGACCUGCAGAUGAAAAUGCUGUGAAAGAUCCGUGGCAGAAUGACGACUUGUGGAAAUUCAAGUAUCGCUUGAUGGCCUCUUUGAUGACCUUGGGUCUGGCAGCCCUCGUCUUGGACACCGACGUCGUGCUCGUCUCGGAUCCUUUCCAACACCUCACGGGCGACGCCGACCUGGAGGUCAUGACGGACCUCUUCUUCCCGGACAUGCACCUUCUAAAUGUGUCCAUCCGGCCGGAAGACCACAUCAAUACGGGCUACGUCUAUCACACAGCCACUCCUUCAGCAUUAAGGUUCAUGCUUGCUUUCCUGGAUGCCUUUGAUGCCCACGAAUGGAGGGGCUUCAAGCGCGAUUGGUUCAACCAGAGAGCAUUCAACAAGCUGGUGCUGGAAUGGGUGGAUGCUGGCUCCGUCAAGGUCCUGUAUGGGCCUGGAGCCUGGUGCGCACUGCGUGGAAGCCGCACCAACGUGGGAACGGUGGCCAGGUCCAGGCAGCGCAGCUGCGUAGAGAGGACACCCACGAGUGGCGUCACCAUCCGAGUCUUGAAUCCUGCGGUCAUUGCUCAUGGCAUGAACUUCUUCUGGCGCCGUGCUCACUUGAUGCGGAGUGAAACUGGGGGUCUGCCUUUGGCGGCAGUUCAUGCAAAUGGUGUGGAGCCGAAGGAUUACUUCUUGCGUGAUCGAGGCCUGUGGUAUUUGGACGACUUCACUGAACGCUUCGGAGAAGCUCCACGGUUCUUCACCUAUGUCCACCCUCGAGGGCUGUCCUUAGCGGAAGACUUCGAGGAGGUGGCCGCAGCACUGGAGGUGGCGAUGAUGUUGCAAAGGAGAUUGGUUUUGCCAAUGACCAUGAACUGCCGUAAUUGUCCUGCCUAUGGGCCAUAUGGAUUUGCAGAGUGGGCAGACAAGAAGGACCUGGGUUGUACCUUCGACUACUUCUCCCGAGCUAGUUUGGCAAUGGGCGAGUGGCUUAAGUUUACCGUGGAGUCAGGUGUGGUUUGGCUCCCUGAAUUUCAAGAGCUCCUAAAAGCAAGGCGCCACGUGUCCGCGGCCUCGCUCCAGACGGAGCUCCGCUCGGCCGGCGGCCGGCGCCCGGCCGAACUCUUCGGAGACACCGCGGUGGUGCAGCUGGGGGAGGCCUUGCGAGUCCACGUGCUUCGAGACCUUCUGAAGCAAGCAGUCCGGGGUCAGCCGCUUGAUAGUUUGCCUUGUGCCUGGCGAGCAUGGCCUGCCACAACCUUUGCAUGUCGCGACGCGGUGCUUCCUCAAGUGGGUGAAGAACACUCUGGUGGAAGAGAUCUCAGAGCAAGCUGCGAUGGCUCGAUGCAGGGAGAAUGUGGGCUUUUGCCCUUCAUGUGUUGUGAAGCCUACUUUGGCUGGGCGGAGAAGCUGGAGGUCCUAGGCGGAAAGACCUGGGAUUUGCCCUGUGGAUGCGGCCUGGGAAGACACUGCGCUCAGACGAGCAGGACCUCAGACAUGCAGGUUUGCUGUGAGCCGCGCGUGGUCGGGGCCAGGAAGAAGUUUGGUGAGAAUUGCGGUCACAAUCCGCCGGUAGAGGCCUUGCCUGACUUGGUCCCAGAUGACGCUGAUACCUACAGCAGCUCUAUCUUGCGGGAGCUCGCCAAGGGAAAUCUAGCAAGAGAGGAUGCUGAACGCUUGUGCCUCUCCUUUGCCGCCCUUCACAAAGCCCUGGGAGGUCAGGAAGCCUGGCGCUUUUGCCAGGACCUGCUGGAGCGGUUCCUGGGUGCCCAAGACGGCUUCGCGACACCGCAGCAGCGCCCGGCAAAGCGAGGACAAAAACGCACGCUUUGAGGGAGUCGGACUAGUUGGCAACCUUAGAAGGCAACGCAUUUUUUCAAAAAAACUUUGGCCACUUGAGCCCUCCGAAGAAGUCGCAUCCACUCC